AUGGUUGUCGCAGUUCUUAUGCUAGUAUUGUUGGUAUUGAUGGUUCCAACGAGUUCUCAAGGUCCGCCACCAGGAGCCCAGAUCAGCCCUCCAAGGCCUCCACAUAUUGCGAUUGACCCUCCGCGUCCUUCUAUCAAUCCUUCACGUCCACCACCAGGAGCCCAAAUCAGCCCCCCAAGGCCUCCACAUAUUGCGAUUGACCCUCCGCGUCCUCCUAUCAAUCCUUCACGUCCACCACCAGGAGCCCAAAUCAGCCCCCCAAGGCCUCCACAUAUUGCGAUUGAGCCUCCGCGUCCUCCCAUCAAUCCAUCACGUCCACCACCAGGGGCUCAGAUCAGUCCGCCGAGACCUCCUCCUAGACCAUCAAUUUCAGGACGUCCACCACCACCCCUUUUUGGUUAA